AUGUCGAUCACAAGCGCGACGCCGCCCCUCAUCCUCGGCGGGACAUCCGCGGUAGGCAAUAACGACGACGAUGACGACCCCGUGGUUGCGACGCCGCCCCUCAUCCUCGGCGGGACAUCCGCGGUAGUUAAUAACGACGACGACGAUGACGACCCCGUGGUUGCGACCUACUCGGUAUUCGUCAAGCCACCACUGCCAACCCACCGCAGGCUAGUGGUGAUGCAGUUCGUUAACAAGACGUCGUCGGACCCGGCGCAGAUCCGACCGCCGCGCAUUGGGGAGAUCCGCGUCAAGCCCGAGACGGGCAUGUUCGAGGUCGACGUGCCGGUCGAGACGGGCCAGGCGUACGACCGCGGCAAGGGCGUGGCCUGGGGUAGCGCCCUGCACAAGUCGAUGGAGGCCAAGAAGGGCGGCAGCCUGGGCCUGGCGGGCGGCUUUGGUAUUGGAGGGCCUUCGAGCCGAGGAGGCGGCGCUGGCGGCCGUGGCGGGCGCCGCGGCGGAGGGGGGGUCGGCAAUGGGCUAGGCGGGAACGACGACGGCGAAGGCGGCGGCGGCGGACAGCUCACCUGGGCCGAGGCCAUGCGCCAGGACAAGGUGCUCCGGACGCAGACGCUGAUUGGCAACGACAGCAAGGAGGAGGUCAACACGACGUACAUGGUCGGCGUGUUUCAAGGAAAAAACAUCCAUCUGACGCCCGUCUCAUCACUCGUGCACCUCCGUCCAGCCGCCCACCAUCUCGACGCAAUCACAGAACAGGAACGGCUCGCUCGGCCGAGUGCCGGCGGACCCGCCGCCGGGGCCGCAGACAAAGCGAAUGCGGUGCGCGCAAUCCACAUGACGGUGAAGGCGGCCAUGGACGAGGACGGGGCAUCGACGGAGACGAUCGCGGACCGGCUGUGGGCGGUGCAGACGGAGCCGUGGCGGCGGAUGGAGUGGGUGCAUGACGAGGACGAGUCGGCGUGGCAAGCCUACAACGAGUGCCUGUUGUUGCGCACGUCUGGAGCCCCCGGCCCAGCUCCCGAGGCUCCCGAGACCGACAACGAACUGGACGACGAGAAAAGCACAGGCGCAAAAGACAAGGGCAAGGGCAAGGGCAAGGAGGUUGCCACAGGGCCCUCUUCCGGAAAUGCGGACGACAGCGGCGCGCCCAAUCUAGCUAGCAGGGUAGCGCACCUGGAGACAGACUGGGGCGAGGAGGAGCUGCUGCGCGCUGUGAGCGGAAUCACGGCUACCGACAAGAAGCCCGGCGAGGAGGCCCUGCCACAGCCCGGCCCAGCGAGGCCGACCGUCCCCAAACCCAAGGGGAAGGCGAAAGAGACGAUGGUCAAGGCCGAAGAGAAGACCGAGGAGCCCCGAAGACGGCCAGGCCGACCUGCCGCGGCUGCUGGAGCCUCAAGAGGUGGAAGAACAAGGGCAGCACCUCGAGGCAGAGCUGCCGGUCCUUCUAGUGCCGUGGAGCUAUAA